AUGCGUCAGACAGGUUGGGUGAAGGACCAGUUUCUUAACCGGGGUGUCAACCACUUUGUUGUCUUCUCAUCCUUGGGUCGGGUGAUGGAGAGCAGUGGAGACUUUGAGGAUGAGGAGAAGCAGCAGCUAGCGUAUACAAUAGUGCAGCAGACAUCUACUCUACUGAGGUCUGGAGAAUCCGUCAAGCGUCUCUCCAUGACUUUUGACGAUGUUGUGUACAUCGCCACGACAAUUGCUGGAGAAGGGGAACAUCUCGGUGUUGUUUUGAAAAGAAACGCUGCAGAUGUUCUGGCAACGACGUAG